GUCCAAUAACAGGCCAUAAGUCGACGUGGCGACCACCGACUAAGGAAUCCGCCAUGACCGACCAACAAGUUUCGCUCCCAGAACCCGGUGAGGCUAUGCCGGCGGAUCUGUCUACUUUCAACAUGGCCGAUCUUGUAAAGACGCCGCAUAAUGCGCGUCUAUACCAGGAAGUGCAGAAUCUCAAGAAGCUCAUCAACGAACUAGUAGACUUCCAGCUCGCUCACCCCAAAAUCUCAAAGGCGGAAUCACGCGAGGACAUUGACAAUGAGAAAAAGGCGAUGCGCGAGAUCGAAAAGAGGGAAAAGUACAUCCGCGCACAACUGUCCAUCAUCAAGACUCUUUAUAGGCAGAGUGUACUCAAGGUGCGCGAAGAGAAAGCCAAAACAUCAGACGACAGAGCUGUCAACGAUGCGCUCAUUCUGGGUCUGCACAACUUGAAGUAUGAGGAGCAGUCGCUGCGCUCAGAGAUCUCUGCCGCUGAAAACUAUGAUCACAAGUACAUGAAAUUACCCCUGAUUCCCCUCGAAGAAUUCCUUGAAGAAUUCCCUGAACACAAGGAAUCCACCGAACACGACCUCAUGACGGCGCGCAUUGAGCACGAACACCAAGUCCGUCUCAAGCUGGAAGAGCGCCGACAGGAGAAGCUCAAGCAGAAACAAAAGCUUAUUGCCGAGGUUAAAAAGGGCAAAGAUGAUCUGACCAAGCUUGACACAAUGGUUGAGAAGUUUAUCGAGGCUGCAGAGCCGAUCAAGAAAGUGCUGUCGAUAGAGUAGACGAAUACCGCUGGAUUUCUGGAAAUAUGACACAAGCCAAUGGGUUCUUCAUGUGUCUUGACCCAUUUAUAUGGAAUGCUCUCAAGGAACACACAUCAACAAGAAUAGCCAACACAGCAACUCCGGUCCUCAGAACAAGCCUCGCAAUAUGGAUCACCAUUAAAUCUGUCACAUUGCGGAGCACUGCUGCGUUGAGGCUAUCAAAGGAGGGCCAACGCAAACCCUGGUUGGUAGACUAGCUUAUGGAGUCGGGGCAUGCGUGUCAGAAGUGUAGAAGGUGCUAGCGGAUAUCUUCAUCGCGAUCUGUUCAAAUACCUUAACCACCGGUUACUCGUCGGCAACAUAGAAUCUAUGCCUGUUUUGGGGUUACGCGUUGGAAUGGUUAGAAUGACUAGAACCGCCAGUCGCAAGCAGGACAAUUGCCAGCUGCGCAAGGAUGGAAGUUCUGCUACGUUAUAAAUUCGGCCUGGCUCAUUCAAGUAUCUGUU